UUGCUUCGUACGUUCAAGAGGUGGUUGAUUGGAGACAUUCCCAAUGCUCGACCUAGGAAUGUGCACACCGGUGUUGGCGAUGUGAAGUUCUUCACAGUUUUGUUUCUUAGGUCAGAGUGGCUUCACGAUGAUGUAAGUAUUUAAUCAUUAAUUAGUAUUUUUGAUUUUUUUUGCAACAUUUUAUUGUAUUGUCGAUGUGUUAGCGACAAUGUCGCGACAUUUUUGCGACAUUGUUGCUGACACAGAAGUUUUUUUCUUUCUGUUUUAUUUGUCGACAUGUCGCGACAUUGUCACGACAUUCUCGCGACAUGGUCGCGUUUUUUUCACGUUCUGUUUAACGACAUGUCGCGACAUUGUCACGACAUUGUCGCGACAUCAGACAAAUUUAUUUAACGACAAUCUUCGCGACGUUUCGCGACUUUAUUUACGACAUUACUUAAUCUUCUCUUUUUUUAUGCAGCACAUAGAUGCCAUAUCACACUUGAUGAGGAGGAGACGCCAUCAUUUUCCAGAGUUGUACCCUCAGCCAGGUGUGAUUCUGGACACAACACUUCCACAAUUCCUCAUAGGCAUUUGGAGCUGCCAGACUGGUGACAGAAGUACGUUCGAAUGGCCAGAUGCGGUGAACUAGUACUAUCUGGGUAUGGAGAGCCGUUACAUGCCAUGUUGGAAGGAUUUGAACUUCAUAUACUUCGUCCUGUACUUCGAUCAUCAAAAACAUUGGGUUGCUGUUGACGUAGAUAUUGAUAUGUGGCAGAUUCGGGUGUACGAUAAUGAUUUAUCAUGCACCACAGAAGCACAGUUUGAUGCCAUCAUGCUACCUUGGACUGAGUUGUUUCCACAUCUGCUGAGGUCUACUGGCUAUUAUGAUCAAGUCAACAACAACAUUCUGAAUGUGGACUUAGGGGACAGUAGCCAACUCAAAUCAAUGCAUGCUAGACGCAUGCCAAGUGAGGUGGUUCCCCAAAGUAAAACAAGUGGUGAUUGCGGGGUGUAUGCACUUGAGUACAUCGAACACCUCAUGCUGAAUCGGUCCUUGGACAACAUUACAGACGAUAGCAUGAGAAUGUUCAGAGAUCGGUGGUGUGUAGACUUGUUUUAUCAGAACUUAACUUGGUAAAAUAUAAUUUAAAAGGGUUGUAAAUUUUUUGUAUUAUAGACGAUAGUUGUUUUUAGUACUGUACAGUUUUUAUAUA